AUGAAGCUACACACCACUAUCGCCCAAGCUCGGCCCUCUCUUCUACUGAGAAAAGCCUCCUCCCAACCAGCUUUUCUUGCACUCGGUGGCGUACGAUAUGAAUCCGUCACGAAAAAGUGGGAAGGCAGCUCAAAGGAUGAUCAUUCCACUCAAAGAUCUAAGAGAGGAGACACAUAUGACAUUCCGUCAAACGCAGCCGCCUCGGCCAUGAAAGAAAGGCAGCAAAAUGAAGGAGUCGCAGACAAGACUAAGUCACAGAGCACAACACAGAGAGGCGGGUCGGAAUUUGGCAAAAAAGCCAAGGCGGAGCACCCAGCAGCUCCAGAGCCCAUUAUUGGCAUGAAUGAUGAGCGGGCGCAGAAGGGCCAUUGA